GGUACCUGACGCAUCUCCACCCCACUAACCCCUCUCUCUGUAUACACUUUUUCCCAUUGUAAUUUAUAUAUUUUUUUCCUAUUAUGUCUUGCACUUUACUGCUACCUGAAAGCAGCAAGUUUGACGACAGAGGGUGCGAUGAUACCUGAGAGACGGUGGGCAGGGAGCGGCCACGGUCCCGGUCCAGAGGCGGAGGCGGCGGCAGUGCCGGCAGCCGAGAGCCGGGUAGCGCGCAUGCGCCGCCGGACCGCGACCGACCCUCUGCGAAGAUGCUCGAUGGCGGAUUUGAUGCUGGUGACCGGCGCCUUUGAGAAAACAAAAUGUCCACCAAGGCCGAGCAAUUUGCAUCUAAGGUCCGUUAUUUACAAGAAUACCACAACCGUGUUCUUCAUAAUAUUUAUCCUGUCCCAUCUGGAACUGAUAUCGCAAACACAUUGAAAUACUUUUCACAGACAUUAUUAAGCGUCCUCCGCGAUGCUCCCUCUGAGCGCAAUCAGCAAAGUCGUGAUGCACAGCUUUCAGAAUACCCUUCAUUGGACUAUCAAGGUCUCUAUGUGACACUCGUGACUCUACUUGACCUGGUCCCUUUGUUACAACAUGGCCAACACGACUUAGGACAGUCGAUAUUUUACACUACAACGUGUUUGCUGCCAUUUCUCAGUGAUGAUAUCCUGAGUACCUUACCUUACACUAUGAUUUCUACUUUAGCAACGUUUCCCCCAUUUCUUCACAAGGAUAUCAUUGAAUAUCUGAGCACGUCUUUCCUUCCAAUGGCAAUAUUGGGUUCAUCGAAACGAGAAGGCAUUCCACCGUAUGUGAAUUAUUCUGCGUCUUCAAUGCUAAUGAUUGCUAUGCAGUACACAUCUAAUCCAGUGUACCAUUGUCAGUUGUUGGAAAGUCUUAUGAAAUACAAACAAGAAGUGUGGAAAGACUUGUUGUACGUGAUAGCAUAUGGUCCAUCUCAAGUGAAGCCGCCAGCUGUUCAAAUGCUUUUCCACUAUUGGCCCAAUUUAAAGCCGCCAGGUGCUAUAUGUGAAUACCGGGGUCUACAGUACACAGCUUGGAAUCCAAUUCAUUGUCAACAUAUUGAAUGUCAGAAUGCAAUCAACAAGCCUGCUGUGAAGAUGUGCAUAGAUCCAUCCAUUUCUGUGGCAGUAGGUGAGAAACCACCCCCAUUAUACUUGUGCGAAGAGUGUAGCCAAAGGAUUGCUGGGGUCCAAGCUGAAUGGUUAAUUGAUGUCUUGCUUCCACAAGCUGAAAUUUCUGCUAUUUGUCAGAAGAAGAAUUGCAGCUCACACGUGAGGAGAGCUGUUGUAACCUGCUUCUCAGCAGGAUGCUGCGGUCGCCAUGGAAACAGGCCUGUGCGCUACUGUAAGAGAUGUCACUACAACUAUCAUUCCAGUGAGAUUGGUGCUGGAUCAGAGGCCCACCUUUACCAAACUUCACCCCCUCCGAUGAACACCCGAGAAUGUGGUGCAGAGGAGCUGGUUUGUACUGUGGAAUCAGUAGUCAGUUUACUGAAGGAAGCGGAAUACCAUGCAGAGCAAAGGGAGUUUGAAUUAAACCGAAGACGGCAAAUGGGUCUAUCUUUAUCCCAUCAUUCACUGGACAAUAUGGAGUAUGAUAACAAGGAUGAUGAUAAAAAUGAUCAACGCUUGUUGAGCCAGUUUGGAAUCUGGGUUCUGGUCAGUCUUUGCACUCCAAGUGAAAAUACACCCACAGAAAGUUUAGCCCGAUUGGUAAGCAUGAUGUUCCAGUGGUUUCAUUGCACUGCCUACAUGCUGGAUGACGAAGUGGGAAGCCUCGUGGAAAAGCUGAAGCCUCAGUUUGUCACUAAAUGGUUGAAGACUGUUUGCGAUGUUCGAUUUGAUGUGAUGGUCAUGUGUCUUCUUCCCAAACCGAUGGAGUGUGCAAGAGUUGGUGGUUAUUGGGAUAAGUGUUGCAGUACUGUGACACAACUGAAAGAAGGCUUGAAUCGAAUCCUGUGCCUCAUUCCAUACAAUGUCAUUAAUCAGGCUGUGUGGGAAAGCAUUAUGCCAGAAUGGUUGGAAUCCAUCCGAACUGAGGUGCCAGAAAGCCAGUUGAAAGAGUUUAAAGAAGUCUUAAGCAAAAUGUUUGAUGUUGAACUUUGCCCAUUGCCAUUUUCCUUGGAAGAAAUGUUUGGUUUUAUUAGCUGUCGAUUCACUGGCUACCCCGCUUCAGUCCAGGAACAAGCGUUACUUUGGCUUCAUGUAUUAUCAGAAUUGGAUAUAACAGUUCCUCUACAGCUGUUGAUAAGUAUGUUUUCUGAUGGGGUGAACUCAGUCAAAGAACUAUCAAAUCAAAGAAAUGUACGAACCAGUGAGCAGCCAGGCAACCCAACUGCUCGAAGGGUCAGUGUUGUAUCAGAUCCUGGACGCCGAGGCCAGCAUAUUACUCUUAGUCCAUUUCCUAGCCCUUUUCGGAGCCCAUUCCGUAGCCCAGUGCGUAGUCCAUACCGUGGCUGCUUCAAGAACUUUGGUACUGUUGGAGGAAGAAACAUCGAUUUUGACACUGAUGAUGAUGAAAUGAACCUGCCUUGCUUCAUCCUGAUGUUUGAUUUAAUACUGAAACAGAUGGAAUUGCAAAAUGAUGGUGUGGUCCUGGGUCUUGACCAUGGCUUGUCCAAGGACAUCAUCUCCAUCAUAAACAAUGUACUUCAGGCACCUUGGGGAGAUUCUCAUACUUGUCAGAAAGAUGAAAAAGAUGCUCACUGUAACCUUUGUCAGUCCAGUAUUUUGUGCUACCAACUGGCCUGUGAACUAUUGGAGCAGCUGACACCAAAAGAGGAAAUCAAAUUGGUGGAGCCCACUGACAGCUUUGAGGAAAGCAUGCUCUUUUCAAGGCCUGAAUUCACUAUUGGGUUCGAAGGAGAGGAUGACAAUUCAAAAGAGGAGGAAAUUCUAACAUCUAACAAUGGAUGUGAAGAAAAUCUUGAAGAGAAGGAUGAUGUAGACCAAAGAUUUAGUUAUCAGCAACUACCUGUUACAUUGAAGCUAAUUUAUACAAUAUUGCAGGAGAUGCCAAAAUGCGAGGAGCCAGACAUUCUUUUCAACAUGCUCAAUUGCUUAAAGAUGCUUUGCCUUCAUGGGGAAUGUUUAUAUGUUGCAAGAAAAGAUUACCAAAGCUUUCUUGCUUAUAUUCAAGACAAUAUGUUGAUUUCAAGCUUGUGGAAAGUACUUAAGUCUGAAUUCUCACAGCUUGCCUCUGUGGCGGUGCCAUUGUUUCUCCAUGCACUUUCUCUUCCUCGUGGCGCUGACGUAUUCUGGGGCAUCGUUGACAGCAGCUUUAAUAGCAAGGACUGGAAGAUGAGAUUUGAAGCUGUGGAGAAAGUGGUGGUACUAUGCAGAUUUUUGGAUAUUCAGUCUGUGUCAAAGAAUCAUGUACUGAAGUACUCUCUCGCCCAUGCCUUCUGCUGUUUCCUGGCUGCAGUUGAAGAUGUUAAUCCAGCAGUGGCAACGAGAGCCAGAUUACUACUUGAUUCCAUAAAAAGGCCGGCUUUACAAGGCCUCUGUCUUUGCCUGGACUUUCAGUUCGACACCGUUGUGAAGGACAGGCCAACUAUUCUCAGCAAGUUAUUUCUGCUCCAUUUCUUAAAGCGUGACAUUCCAGCUUUGAGCUGGGAGUUUUUUGUCAAUAGGUUUGACACCUUGUCUCUGGAAGCUCAGCUUCAUUUGGACUGCAAUAAGGAAUUUCCAUUUCCAACAACUAUAACUGCUGUCCGGACAAAUGUGGCAAACCUGAGUGAUGCUGCCAUGUGGAAAAUCAAACGAGCUCGCUUUGCACGGAACCGACAGAGAAGUGUGCGUUCUCUCCGGGAUAGUGUUAAAGGCCCAGGAGAGUCAAAGAGAGCACUUUCGCUUCCAGAAACCCUAAGCACUAAACUGCCAUUGCGACUGACUAGACAUGAGCAGUCAGCUCCAACUCUUGGGGCAAUGAUGGAGCAUGUUAUACAUGGCCAGCAUUCUCCAGAGGACGAUGCAAUCAUAAAGGAUCCUUUACCAGAGGACGCUGGCAUUGACCAUCAAACAGUUCAUCAGCUGAUCACAGUUCUCAUGAAAUUCAUGGCAAAGGAUAAAAGCAGUGCUGAGGCAGACAUCAGCAGUGCCAAGGCGUUCAACACUGUAAAGCGUCAUCUCUAUGUACUGCUUGGCUAUGACCAGCAGGAGGGAUGCUUUAUGAUUGCCCCUCAGAAGAUGCGCACUUCUACCUGCUUCAAUGCUUUCAUUGCCGGAAUAGCACAGGUUAUGGAUUACAACAUUAGCUUGGGCAACCAGCUCCUCCCACUGGUGGUGCAGGUGCUGAAGUAUUGCACCUGCCCACAGCUGCGCCAUUACUUUCAGCAGCCUCCGCGGUGUUCUCUUUGGACUCUGAAACCUCACAUACGACAGAUGUGGCUGAAGUCAUUGCUCGUGAUCCUGUACAAGUAUCCCUACAGAGACUCUGAUAUCAGCAAGAUUAUAUUGCAUCUGAUCCAUAUCACAAUUAAUACCCUAAAUGCUCAGUACCACAGCUGUAAGCCUCACCCUACUGCUGGACCCCUGUAUAGUGAUAACAGUAAUAUUAGCAAGUACAGUGAAAAAGAAAAAGAAGAAGACAGCGUAUUUGACGAAUCAGAUGUACAUGAUACCCCAACUGGAGCUGGAAACAAGGAAUCUCAGACCUUCUUUGCAAGACUGAAACGGAUUGGGGGGAGCAAAUCAGUAAAAUAUCAACCAGUUGAGAUGAAUGCGCAGAAGAGUUCAGAGAUAGAACUGUCUGAAUACAGAGAUUCAAGUCUUUUGCCAGAUAAUAUUAUGCAUUGUGGCACAUCUCCAAAAUUACAGGAAGCCUUUGGUCAACAGAAAAAAUUGCGUGCAAUUAAGCAACAGUCACUUGAUAUUGGAAAUGCAGACUCUGCUCUGUAUUCUUUGGAUGAGCAUCGCAGAAGGUCAUGUCUAGAUCGAUAUCAAUCUGAAAAGCGAUCAAGUUUUCCUUCCUAUUAUAAUCAAAUGGACAGUAUGUAUGGAAGAGCAGAUCAGGAUCUGACGACUGGAGAACUUCAGGAAAGGUCUUUGGCUGCAGAAGGCUCCCAGGAAGGGAAGAGACCUGAAGUUGUAAUACCAGAAGUCAGACUCAAUUGCACAGAAACAUUUGAAGUUAAAAGUGCAUCUCCUGAGAAAAGUACUUCCUUUGCAAAGGAGGAAACCGAUUUGAUUGACUUAUCAUCUGACUCAUCAUGUGCACCCGACAAACAGUCAAUUCUUUCAAGUUCUGAUAGUGAUUCUCUGGUCUUUGUGCCUCUCCCCCCUCUUAGGAUUGUGGAAAGUGAUGAGGAAUAUGAAAUUCAGAAUCCUCCUGGCAAUAAACUAAAUGUUGAAACUAAUACGUUGCACAAUACCACACCACUUGGCCUGAAUAUUACUCCAGUUGUACAAGUCAAUGUUGAAGAUUGUUCUAAAGACUCGCAUUGUCUCGAUUUUUCUAAUACUUCUUUGCUGGAUACUGAGAAUAUAUUGUCAGUAGUUACAAAUGAUCAAAAAAACCUGGGAGAGCUAACACCACAGAAAUAUUCCAAGUGUUCAGGUUGUGAAAGUCCUCUUACUCUUAAGCAAAAGAGAGAAAAUCUUCGGAAGUCGUCUGCUGUGUUGGAAGUAUCCCAGGAUGACAUUUUUGAGUUGAAUAAAGAUCAAACUAAAUCUGAUAGUCCUUUACCAAGUCCUGUUGUAAAAACAGUUCUCCUCAAACUUCCUUCAGAAGGUGAACAGAAUGAAAAGACAGAGACAGAGGCAGAGAUCACUGUUGAGAAAGAUAAUGACCAAAAAGAUGAAAGUGGUGAAGAAACAGAAUUCAAAAUCCAGAUUGUCCCAAGGCAGAAGAAGCAAAGGAAGAUUGCUGUCAGCGCAAUUCAGAGGGAAUACCUUGAUAUUUCUUUUAAUAUUUUAGACAGAAUUGGAGAUCAAAAAGACACUGGUGCUACGAAGUCGAGUUUGCUAUCAGCACAGAGCAUUGUCAGCAUGUUUGUUCCUGCACCUGAAGAGUUUACAGAUGAUCAACCUACCCUAAUGUCUGACAGAUGCCUUGACUGUGGAGCUAUUCUUGAAGAAUAUGAUGAAGAAACAUUGGGACUGGCUAUUGUAGUUCUUUCGACGUUCACGCACUUGAGUCCAGACUUAGCAGCCCCUUUACUGCUAGAUAUACUGCAGUCCGUAGGAAGACUAGCAUCCAGCAGUCUUUUUUCUGGCCAAGCAGAAAGCAUGUUGAUUCCUGGGAACACUGCUGGUGUGGCAAAGCAGUUUCUACGUUGCACCUUCCAUCAGCUAGCUCCCAACAGUAUUCUUCCACAGCUAUUUCAAAGCAACAUCAAAGAUGGAAGCUUCCUUCGAACUUUGGCCUCCUCUUUGAUGGACUUCAAUGAGUUGAGUUCAGUGGCAGCAUUGAAUCAGCUCCUGGAGGGUUUAAACAACAAGAAGAACUUACCAGCAGGGGGAGCCAUGCUUCGCUGUUUGGAUAACAUCGCGACUUACAUGGAAGCUUUGCCGAUGGAUUUACCAAACAAUCUGUGGACUACAAUCUGCAAUCACUUCCAAACCUUUCUGGCCAAGCUGCCAUGCAUAUUGCCUCUGAAGUGCUGCUUGGAUUCCGGUUUGGCAAUCAUGAUCUGUCUUCUGAAGAUACCUACUUCAAGUGCAACACGGAGCCUUUUGGAACCAUUUUCUAAAUUACUGAGCUUUGUGAUUCAGAAUGGAGUCUUCACCCUUGCAUACCUUGUUGAACUGUGUGGAUUGUGUUAUCGAGCAUUCAAUAAGGAACGAGAUAAAUUCUAUCUCUCACGAUGUGUUAUACUUGAAUUAUUACAAGCACUCAAAUUAAAAUCUCCAAUACCAGACACCAAUCUUUUGCUGCUGGUACAGUUUGUUUGUGCCGAUGCUGGAACCAAAAUAGCUGAAUCGACAAUUCUGCAGAAACACAUGAUUUCUUCUGUCCCUGGAUACACAACUGCUGCAAUGGAAUGCAUGCGACAGUACAUCAGCGAAUUGCUGGACUUCAUAGCUGAUAUGCACACGCUGACCAAACUGAAGGGUCACAUGAAAACUUGUUCUCAGCCUUUGCAUGAAGAUACGUUUGGCGGCCAUCUUAAAGUAGGAUUAGCACAGAUAGCCGCAAUGGAAAUUUCCAAAGGGAAUCAUCGUGAUAACAAAGCCGUCAUUCGUUACUUGCCGUGGUUAUACCAUUCUCCUUCCGCGAUGCAACAAGGUCCAAAAGAAUUUAUUGAGUGUGUCUCCCAUGUUCGUCUUUUGUCAUGGCUGCUACUGGGUUCUCUUAGCCAUAGUGUAGUGUGUUCAGGAUCCACGUCAUGCAUGCCUAUUCCUUUGGAUGCUGGUUCACAUGUUGCUGAUCAUCUUAUAGUUAUCUUGCUUGGAUUUCCCGAGCAAUCCAAGGCCUCUGUACUGCACAUGUGCUCUCUCUUCCAUGCGUUUAUAUUUGCUCAGCUGUGGACAGUCUACUGUGAGCAAGCGGCAUCCACCCCACCUCCACAGAGUCAGAAUGAAUAUGUCUCUACAGCCAUUCUAACCGCCCUGGAAUUCUGGAGCCGAGUGACUCCGAGUAUUUUACAGCUGAUGGUUCAUAAUAAAGUUAUGGUGGAAAUGGUUUGCUUGCAUGUUAUCAACUUGAUGGAAGCUCUACAGGAGUGCAAUUCAGCCAUCUUUGUGAAGCUUAUUCCUAUGUGGUUACCGAUGAUUCAGUCAAAUUUGAAGCAUCUAUCAGCAGGUCUGCAACUACGCCUCCAGUCAAUCCAGAACAAUGUCAACCAUCACAUUCUGCAGUCACUGCAGGGGCCUGGGCCAAUGAGCACAAGCUCAUCAGUGCUUCGCAAGUGGCUGCAGUGUGCUCAGUUCAAGAUGGCUCAGGUGGAAGUACAGUCGUCAGAAGCUGCAUCUCAAUUUUAUCCUCUCUAAGAUCCUUGCAAACUUUAAUGAUACUGGACUUGAAACUGUCUUGUUCCCUUUCUUGACACUGCUAAAACACGCCACCAGUGAUUAGCCUUGGUAACUUAACCGUUUCUCCUACUUUACAGUUACAGUGAAGAUUAAUUUAAAAGCAAGACAACUGUGUACAAACAUUGAAAUGAAAUUGUUUCUAUUAUAGUGAGUAUUUUGUAGUUUAUCAAGGUUCUGAAAUAUCAAAAUCUGAAAACCUCUGAAAUCCAAAUGUUGUUUCAAGAAUAUAAUACACAUUGAGUACCCCUUAUCCGAACUUCCAAAAUCCAAAAAUCUGUGAAAUCUGAAUUUUGUCUCUGAGCCGUAACAUGACAUCACAAAUGUAAAAUUACACAAGAUAGUGGGAGUGUGCAGUGGUGAUGUGCAGGUCUCUGCACAUCAUAGACAGUUCUGAGAAAUGACUUUAUAUGUGUAAUGAACAGAAGUUAAUGAAAAAUAGUGAAAUGAAGAUCUCGAAUGUGUAUUGGCAGCUUCGGAGUGACCAUGUCCCACUUACGAAGUGCUGAUCAUGAAACCAGCAAAUAUCUAUUCCAUCAACCUGAAAAUGAAGGUAAUUGUGAAAAUUCAGGUGGCUGGUUUGCAGAAAUUUCAGAAAAGGCCGUGCAUUAAAUGUUUAAAGCUUUGUGGAUGAAAGUCUUAACACCAGAACAGGUCUAUAAUGCUGAUUGUUUUUAUACCUUACAUAAAACCCCAAAAAAGUAAGAUACAAAUACAGUGUACUGCAACCUUUUAAUCAAAGGAUGAUAUCAUAGGUGGAGAAUGAAAGCCUGCUGUUGUUUGUUGUUUAACAGCUGAUUCUCCCGAUCUGUUACGCUACUCUUGUUACCCUGCACACAUUAUAUUUUCAUUAUGUUAAUGGUAGGUAAUAAGUUCUUCUGUUCAGUACAUAUAAAACCAUAAGAUGUGGGAGCAUAAUUAGGCCAUUUGUCCCAUGGAGUCUGCUCUGCCACUUCUUCAUGACUGAUCCAUUUCCUUCCCAGCCCCAAUCUCCUGCCUUCUCCCCAUAUCCCUUCAUUCCUGACUAAUCAACAAUCAACCUCUGCCUUAAAUAUACAUAAAGACUUUUCCUCCACAACCACCUGUUGCAAUGGAUUCCACAGAUUCAUCACCCUCGGGCUAAAGAAAUUCCUCCUCAUCUCCAUUCUAAAUGGACACCCUUUUAUUCUGAGACUAAAUGUCAUGGUCCGGUCCGUGAAGUCCCCAUUCCGGUUUAUGGUCCGGUCCAUGGACUCAGGACUCUGGGUCUUUCAGCUGACCUUUGUUUGAGUUAAUCAUAGGCACCUGAUUCCCAUCUUUGGGCUUGCAAUAUAAGUAGCCUUGGGAUUGAGUGUGGGCUGCUGGUUUGUCUCGUCAAUCCCCCUUGGACCAACCUGCUGAUGGAAGGCUAGUGAAACCAUUUGUGAUGUCUAGGCCUGGUUGGAGGACAACUGUUUCAUGGACCCUUGUUGCCACUCGUUGGAGUGGUCUUUGUGGUAUGGAUUUGGCUGUUUCCUGGGCCAGCUGAGUGGCUACCAGCCACUCCGAGCUAGGUAGGGAUCCGGCUGUUUCUGUAGCCAGCUGAGGUUGCUGGCUGAACUGAGACUUGGAGCUACCCCAGAGCAGAGAUGGAACUGUCUGUUGUUCUUUGGCGUUUGUCUCUUCUUGUCCUUGCCUCCAUGGGGUAAGCCAGGCCAUUUUUCCGUUGCCCUGCAGGGGGAUCUGUCUUGUCUUGUCCUUGCCUCUGUUGGGUAAGUCCAGCCGUUCUGCCAUUACCUGACGGAGAGACCUGUCCCACCUUGGUGUGGAGAUGAAGUUGAGUCCCAGCUUGUCGUAGGAUAAGUCCCAGCUCUAUGUCUAUGUUCUGUCCUAUCUCAGGUUUGUGUUGUGUUAAAGAUGAGUCCUGGCUUGUUGAAGGAUAAGUUCCGGCUCUAUGUUGAUGUUCAGUUCCCAGUCUGUCUCUCAGCUCCAGUCUCCGAGUUAUCAGCCUCCGCAUUUCAAGACGAAGAACCCAAGCCUCGAGGGUCCCAAGCCAAGCUCCAAAAACCCAAGCCUCGAGGAUCCCAAGCCAAGCUCCAAGAACCCAAGCCUCGAGGAUCCCAAGCCAAGCUCCAAGAACCCAAGCCUCGAGGAUCCCAAGCCAAGCUCCAAGAACCCAAGCCUCGAGGAUCCCAAGCCAAGCUCCAAGAACCCAAGCCUCGAGGAUCCCAAGCCAAACUCCAAGAAACCAAGCCUCAAGGAUCCCUAGCCAAGCUCAAGACCUAAGAUCCCAGCCUGCAGCCAAGCUCAAGGCCCAAGACCCCAAGCCUCAAGAAUCCCAAGCCAAGCUCAAGGCCCAAGACCCCAGCCGGCAGCCAAGCUCAAGACCCAAGACCCCAGCCUCAAGCCAAGCUCAGGCCUCUAGACCCCAGCCACAUCCUGUCCUGAAACCAUGUCAUGUUCUUGCCUGGUUCCGGGGUCUGAGCCUGAGGCAAGACCCAGGUUCUAGGUCCUUGUCCAGUCUCGGGCUCGGAGUCCAAGCCUUGUCUCCUAGUCCAUGGUUCCUAGUCUGGUCCCGCAUUCCCUAGCCAACUCUGCGUUCUUGUCCCUGCUCCUUGCCUGAAUCCGGUCACGUCCCUACUCUAGUCAAGUCCUGUUCUUUGUACUUCAGUGUCUGUGUCUUGCAUUUGGGCCCGUUUCCAGCACCCUAUUGUGACACUAAAUCCUCCUGACCGAGACUCCCCCACCAUAUGAAACCUCCUCUCCACAUCCACUCUAUCAAAGACUUUCAACAAUCAAUAGAUUUCAAAGAGAUUCCCUCCCCCCCCAUUCUUCUGACUUCCAUUGAGUACGGGCUCAGACCAUCAAAUGGUCCACAUAUGGGGAGCCUUUCAACCCCGGAAUCAUUUUCCUGAACCUCCUUUGAGCCCUCUCCAAUGUCAGCACAUCCUUUCUUAGAUAAGAGGCCCAAAACUGCUCACAAUACUCCACAUGAGGCCUCUCCAGUGCUUUAUAAAGUCUCGAGAUUACAUCCUUGCUUUUAUAUUCAAAUUCUCUCAGAAUGAAUGGGAACAUUGCAUUUGCCCUCCUCACAACAGGUUCAAAGGUUCAUUUUAUUGUCAAAGUAUGCAUAUACACUACAACUCUGAUAUUUGUCUACUCCAGAUAGCCGUGAAAUACAGGAAAACCUUGGGAGCUGUUGAAAGAAAAGACAUCAAAUCCUGCACAUGAAAAAGAAAAAGAAACCAAACUUGCAAACCCCAAACCCCCCACCCCCUACCCCUCACCUUGCACAAAAAACUAACAGAUGGCCUUCCUUGCAAAAAACACCAAUAGCAUCAACCCCCCCCAACCCUUCCGUCACACACACAACCUGACAGAUCGCCCACACAGUGAAAAACCAACACAAAGAUCAGAUCCCAAAUCCCCAAUCCCUUGCUCACGCAAUAAGUAACAUAUCGCCCAGCCGCCAAUUAUCAAAAAGAAAGAAAACACAGAAAACUGAAUGAGACCAAUAUAAACUACAGUCCAAUAAUCACAUAAAUCUCAGUAUUUCGAAAGCAGCCUACGUUAGCACUGAGGAGAGUGGCCACAUGUACUCAGUCCUUCCAUGAAGAAUGACUGCCAUGAUGGUUACGAACGUUGUGACCCAACCACCAACCGGUCAACCCCAUGGCCUCCGUGGAGAGUGACUGGCAGCCUCUCCGUAUUCAUCUCGAUGCUCAAUCUUCCUCAAUACUUCAAAGUGGAAUUGUUCGUGUCCCCACACCCCGUCUCUAGAUUUCUCAUAAGAGGCAGCUCGUGCUCUCGGUCCUCUCCAAGAACAGCAGAACACUAGGUCAUUCAAUCGAAUUCCAAACUACACAUUACAGGCCCCAGCAGUUUCCAAAACACAAUCAAGACAAAAAGAAUAAGCAGAAGAUGUAGAGAAAGUGAAAUAAUUGAAGAGAUUAGCUAUCUGGAAGAUGUUGGCCGAGGAACCAUUGUUCACUGGUGCCAUCUUGACCAUUGACGUAACCUGCAAAUAAAACCUUUAGGGAAUCCUGCACGAUUAUUCCCAAAACCCUUUGCACUCCAGAUUUUUAUAUUUUUCUCUCCAUUUAGAAAAUAGUGUAUAUUUUAUUUCUCUUCUCAAAGUGCAUGACCAUACACUUUCCAACUGUAUUCCAUCUGCCAAUUCUUUGCCCAUUCUCUUCAUCUGUAUUAAGUCCUACUGUAGCCUCUCCGCUUCUUUAACACUACCUGCUCCUCCAUCUACCUUUGUAUCAUCCACAUACUUGCCCGCAAAGCCAUCAAUUCUGUUAUUCAAAUCUUUGGCACAUACUAUAAAAAGAAGCAGUCCCAACAGUGACCCCUGUGGGACACCAAUAGCCUCCAGCAGCCAGCCAGAAAAGGCUCCCUUUAUACGUAUGACGAACAAAUAUAAGAGAAAUACUGCUUAGCAGUAGCACACAAGUUCAGAGCCAGAAAUUAUGGUGAUCCCAAGCUAUCUCAUUAUAUAUUCCAAAAUCCAAAAUCCAAAACACUUCCAGCCUCAAGCAUUUCAGAUAAGGGGUACUCAACCUGUAAGACAGUUUCAGACUUGCACAUCAAAAGUGCUGCAUGCUACUUACUUGGGAAGGCAUGUUAAGUUACUAAAUUAAAGAUAUAUUUUACAUGUCUUUGCAUUUCAUCACUUAAUUACUUUCAUCGGCAUCCUCUCCACUGCAAUCUUGCAGUUGAACACUUAACUACAAACAUGUUGUGUAUCCUUUUUGCAAUCUCAGAUCUUCUCAGUACUUUGCUGUUAAUUAUCAACAAGGAUCUGUCAGAUUAUCUACUCGGUGCAAUGUCAGAUCGAGUAAUGUCCUGCCGUUAAGGGUGCUGGAGUAAGUACAACUCCACUGGAAAAUAUGCUGUACUUUUUUUCUAUUGACAUUUGCUGGGAUCUAUACCUUUGACUGUUCACAUGCAAAAAAAAUGGCCUAAUUCGUGUUCCAAUUCUGUCUCUGGGAACUUGCAAACUACUGAAAAACAAUAGGAAGGAUCUAUUUUGCAAUAAUGCCAGAAGAAAAUUAGUAUUUUGCCCGCUGGUAAACAACCAGGUUGUUUAUGUAAAUAAUACCAUUAAAUCAAUGUUAACAUAGAAAUACAAAAAUAGAAAAUAAAUGGAUCUUUUUAUUCUAUUGAUAAUUGUACAUAGUUUCCUGUAAGUUAUCAUUCAGAUUAUAAAAUUAGAAAUCAAAAUUAAAUUUUGUGUGAAUAAGAAUAUAGAAGAUGAAAAUACAUUUUUGUAAGGUAUAAGGAAUAGUCUGAUGCAAAUUGUUACCAUUCUUUUUAAUACUUCCAUUUAUGUUCUAUUCUGACCCAGCAGUCUUUGUAACCAUUCUGCUUAUCAUGUCUGUUCCAGCAAUGAAAUUGAAUUUGGUACCAAUAUGUUCAAUAUUGUACUAUGCUCAAUGAACUGACAUUGUUAGAAAAUAAAAGAGGUGAAAUGUCAAUACUGUCAUUUCAUAAGAC